GUCAUUCAAAGCCUAUCAAAUGGAGAGAGAAGGAAAUAUAGCCUAUGUUUUUUAAAACCACUAGACACAAUAUAGUUAGGAAGUGUACGUUUAUAAAAAAAAAAAAAAAAUGGAAUAGGUUUAGGCUAUAAGGCCCAUGCAUCCCAUGCAUCCGACAGUGUGAGAAGCAAUAUUUUCUGACUUUUGCACUGCUUUGGUGGAAUUCUCCGCUCUGUCUCGACUACAUUCCUCUCUUGCGUUCUGUAUAUAACCUAUUUAUUGAAAUAGGCUAUCGCGAAUAGGAAAAUUACUACACCUGCUGUGCACUGCUGACAACGUUUUUUACUGCGCGCCGCCAGUAAAGUUCAAAUAGGCUAAACCGUCAUGUCACAUCACUAUGUCGUCACCAUCGACAAUGGCUGUCAAUCAUCGUCGAUAGAUGAUACUAUCGUAAUAUCGGAUAACUCUACUGGUAAGGCAUUCCAGAUUAUAGAUUUGCCUUCGGUGACGGGAAAAGUUUCUCAAAUAUGUUUUCGGGGUACUGAACGUCGCCUUCAGCGACCGGAGAUCUCUGUACAGGUCUCCCGGAGCGAAGAGGCUAUCCAAUUGGUACCUUUUGUAUAGCUCAAUCGGUUGUUACGUUGUCAAGGAGGGCGGUCACGUAUGUUGCGAAGCAGAGGAUCACUGGUUCGAGCCCAGUAUGGGGCAGUCGGACAGUGGAGGAAGCUAAGCUGUUAGCAGCACAUUGACCGCCAUUACACGUGCUAACAUUGUGAUGUCAUAUUCCAGAAUAGCCUGUAUGAGCAUGCCUAGUGUGUUCCAGAAGCCGAAGCAGCGUGUGGUGGAGGGCUCUGACGGUGUGUUGGCUGUGGUUCUAGAGUAUGACCAUAGAUUCGCCACCUAUGGCCAAGAGUUCAUCUUCUAUGACUACAAAGAGCCCCUCACUCUCCCAGAGGACGUGGCCUCACAGAGUUUUUACAUUGUCCUAGCUGACCCUACCUACCUGUUAGAGGAGUGCCUCACCAAGGUCACCCAGACUGUCAAGUACCUGGCCAAGGGCAAGGUGCUGCUCUGCACUGAAGCCAUCAUGGAGAAGCAUGCAGACAAACGUAUUGGUCUGAAGAUAUACAGCUUCCUCCCCAACCACAACCUGGCCAACGAGUUCCGCUGUUUCACCAAAUACCCCUCAAUACUCCUGUCCUGAGACAGUGCUCCUGCAACCCUUUGAUUAUAAAUGUCCUUACUGGCUGGUGAUGUCUGACAUUCAUCCAUCCCACAGUUCUGACUU